CUAUAUAAUAGUUAGACACUGUUUAGGAAGUUUCUACAUGAUUUAGAAGCCCAAAGGGCUGGUUGUAGUAUCCCGAACGCAGUGAGGGUUCUACUAGCCCUGAGGACUUCUAAAUCAUGUGGAAACUUCCUAAACAGUGUCUAAGCAUUUUAGAUCAUAGCAACCAUGAGUAUUUAGCCAAUCAGAUUUGAAUGUUCUUAUCUAAUCUUUGCUACAUGAUUUUCUAAGUGAAGUACAUGAUUUUCUAUUGAAGUACAUGAUUUUCUAAAUUGGAUAGAACAUUUCCUCUAACCAAUCAGAUUGCAGUAUUUAUGACAAACAUGAUCUAAAUACACGUAGCUCCCUCAGGCACAGUUUUGUGUAUAUGAAACCUCUCAUUCUGAACAUUAAGCACUUGUUAAAGUUCUUGCAAUGAUGUCAUGUCAUGUAACCUGUUUAAUUUAUUUGAAGCAGACAACAGAAACCUUGGCAGUACCUUAUACGUUGUGUAUGUGCAUUCUCUUUAAGUUUAGAGAUUAGCAGGCUAAUUUUAAUUGGUGCUCAAGAAAUGAAGCUACUAUAUGUACUAAGCCUUGUGACUAUAUUCCAGGGAAAGGGUAAUGGACAAUUGACACCAUAUGGGUGUAUUCAAGCAAGUAAUGGAAGACUACCUCUACCAAACUUUGUGAGGACAGAAGAUAGAAUACCUCGAUUUCGCGAUAAUCCCAUCCAAGCUAUCAUCACUAGCUACAGGUUCAACUGCUGUGGAGUGGUGACUGAGUGGAGAACCUUUGUGGAAAGAGCUAGUGGUCGAGACUGCUACUCUAUUUCUUUUGAGGUGUGGAGAGUCAACUCAUCUUUAGGAGACAACUGUUAUAGCAAGAUUGGAGCAAACUACUUACAAGACAUGUGCCUGGGGGGAUUAAGCUCUCUGGAUCCUCAAAGAGGUCUAAUCAACGUGACAGUACCAGAGAGUGAAUGGAUAUCAGUGGAGCCAGGAGACGUGGUCGGAUUAAAUCUCACUAGCACUGAUGAUGACAAUGGAAUACUUUUCAGUCGUGAUGAACUCUACACUAAUGAAUCUGUGUUGUAUUCAAUUAACAGCGACAGAAUUGAACCAACUUCACUGUGCAAUGCAGAGCAAUUCCGCUCUACAAAUAGUGCUCCUUUGAUUACAGCUAUAAUAGUGCCUACAAAAUGCAUCGAAACCACAAGAACCUCAGCACCUCAACUAUCAUCGACUUUCCCGGCAAAGAACUCGGAAAUAACCACCCAACGUUCAACAGCAUCAUUGGAAAGUGCUACGACACACACUUCCAUGCAACUUAAUAGGGAAUCUUCUGCUACUACAACAAAGCUGAUUCCAAAGCCAACUAACUCUGUACUUCCCAAUAUGACAGAAAUGAAUGCUGGAGUACAAAUGCUGAGUAUAGGAGUGGCCGUAGGUGUUACCGGUGUGGUGAUGCUCAUCAUUCUGUUUGUAUGUGUUGUGUGUUGUGCUAUUGUCAAGUGGAAGAGAAAGACCUCCACUGUGACACUAGCUCUUAACAAACCCACAACCACAAAUAAGAAAGCUACUAUCCAACGCACUGAUUAUGACACAGCUGGGGAAGAUACUUACGAAAAAAUUGAUCACAUUCAUACUGAAGCUAAACAAAACUUGGCUCAAGAAAACGAUUACUAUGACAAUAACGAGGGAGAAGUGGAAAUGAAACUGACCCAAAAUAAAGCCUAUGGCAAUAUCAACCAUCUUUCAGUACCCACCAUAGAAGAUGAGUUGUAUGAUAAUGUUAAUGUGGCUGCUCAGGAUGAAGGAAAUUAUGACUAUGUGACUAUUACAAAUGUUGGAGUGAGACAGUCGAGUUCUGACAAUGACCCCUCAAUACCCACCACAGAGAAUGAGGUAUACACUAGUGUGACUGCUGACACUGAAAGAGAGGAAAUUGAAAACACUUACGAAUGCUUACCCUAAAAACUAAAACUACAUUGUUAAUAACUUCAUUAUAUAGAUUAUGUUACUGUACUUUGUAGAGUUACAUGCUCACGCCAAAGGAAAAACUAUACAUGUACAUAAUUAUUAAACGAUUUUUUUAAGAUGCUUGAAUGAACAGA